CAAAUGAUCUAAUGGCGUUAUCCGACGCGGUUCUCGAAAACCUCGUGACGAUUUACGUGGCCAUGAUCAUCGUGAUCAAACUGUACGGAUUGGUCUCUGGAACGAGCUUCAGGGCUGGAUUCAUCUUCGUCGUUUCGGUUACGACCGUAGGAGUCUUGUUUGGGGUUUCGCUUGCCUGGGACGUGACUCGCAGAGCUGCGGAUGCAGUUUCGCGGUACAAUCGCGUUAGUGUUGAGGACCUUAGCCACCGUCACAGUCAAGACGGUGGUGGAGUUUGUAAAGGAGGGAUUUGCUGGCACGGCGUUGCGGUCCGGUCACCGGCUUCUCAGGUUCGCUUCAGGCUUCCAGAGCAUGUAACGUAUGGCGCCUUUUUGAGUACAUAAUUUGAAUGUUUCCACUUUUUUGUUACUUCGUCUCAUAUAUAUAUAUUGUAUUAUGUUGUAAAAUGUUAUUGUGCUAAAAAAAUGUUGUAAAAUGUUAAAAACUUAUAGUGAUGAUUAUAAAUGUUCUUGUUUUUGAUUAAAAAUUGAUUUUGAAUUUUAAUGGCUGCAGUGUUAAAGGUUUAAUGGCUGCAGUGUUAAAGGAUUUGGGUACACACCCUAUUCGGGAACGCGCUAUGCGCUAGUCGGGCGGUCGGGUUGGGCCUAGCUUGUAAAGAGAAAAUCGGAGAUUAAUCGGAAAUUAUGCGCGGGGGAGGAGAAUUUUUAGAUCGUUUACUAUGUUAUAAAACAUGUUAAUCUUUAAUUGUGUAUAACAUUAAUACAUUUUUUUGUUUAAGAUUGUAUAAAACACACAAAUAGAAUAUAUAAACUUAAUAUAGUAUAAUUUUCAUUAAAAUUAUGAAUACGAAUGAUAUUUAUAAAAUUUUAGAUCAAAUAAAUAAAUAAAAAUAUUAUUAAAAAUAAAAAAAAUAGAUUAGACGGCCGCCUAGGCGGCUAGGCGGUCAUUAAGGCGGUCUAGGUGGAGAAAAUCGGAUAUCCGAUUUUUUAAACCGAUUUGGCAUAAAUCGGGGCGAAAGAGUGACAAGUAGCGUCCAGGCGAUUUGACGGCCGAUUUUUAGAACAGGGGGUACACAUAGAGACCAAAGCAAUAAAGGAUCUUUGGGUCUUACCAUAAUGAACUCGUGGAAUCUGAAAUCUGCAUGUAUGUUAAGAUCUCGAGUUGGAUAUUGGUGGAAUAUAGCAGCUGAAGAUCUGUUUUAUGAGAGAAGAAGAAAGUGAUCUCCCAUUGGAUUGUCU